AUGAACGCUGCCUCACCCACCAAGAGACGCGCCGCGCUGGCCACCCUCGACGCGAACGCGACAACCUGCUCGACGCCUACCCCAGGCAAACACCACCACGCCGACGCGGACCCGACGGCGCUCAAGCCGCCUCUACCAUUGAGUGCUGCUUCCCGACGAACCUCUGGCCUGCUGUCUUCUGCACCCCUGUUGGCGCCGCCUCCCGUCAUGGCCCGUGCCGGCGGAGCCCCGUCGGUCGGGAUGAAGCGCUGCUCCUCCGGGAUGGUGCUGCAGGACCGGGACCAAAUACACGCAGAGGAGCAGCAGGCAAAGAAGAGCAAGAGGGAGCAUCACGGCCCCGAGGUGGCGCCCGCGCCAGUGUCGACGCAGAGCUCGACGCGUAGCAGGACGCACAGCCCAGACGCGAGCUCCGUCUUUGACGCCUCGGGUGCCGAGGACGCGACGUGGGUGACAACGGCUACGGAGCCUGAAUUUGUCGGGGGAGGAGCGCCGGCGAUGAAUCCGGCCACAACGAGAACGCCGCCGAGGGCACUGACGCGAGAGCAAACACGCGAGAAGGUAGAAAUUCUCCGGCUACGCCUCGGGCUAGCUAGCUACAAGCUUCGUACGGGACAGGUCGAGGUGCCCCUCGCCGACCUCCAGCCGCGACCCCUGCCGACCACCGCGAGGCCCGGACACGCGCCGGAUCCCUCGCAGAGCAGCGCGUCGCAGGAGGAUGACGAGGACGAGGAAGAAGAGGAGAUAGUGGAGGCGACGCCGCCGCCGCCCGCACAGCCGACUGCGGUCGCGGCUCUGGCAGCCAUGGCAUCGCGGUGA